AUGGCGUCAAACGUGGCCGCGGAAAGCAAACGGGCUGCGAAUCCAAACCUCUGCGCCGUUUAUGGCAGAGUGCCAUCAGUUGGGAUGGAUCGGACGAGGAUCACGUUUUGCACAGACGUGGACAAGUCCGUGGUCGUGCAUAACUUUGAGAAACGCGGCUGGACGCAGGUCAGUCCGGAGGAUGAUUGGAACUUUUAUUGGGCUGUUACGCAAUCGUGCAGGAGUAUCUUUAGCGUCGAAACUGGAUACAGGAUGGAUGACAAUCAAAUCAUCAAUCACUUCCCAAAUCACUAUGAGCUCACGCGUAAAGAUCUCCUAGUAAAGAACAUCAAGCGAUACCGAAAGGAUUUGGAGAGAGAGGGAAAUCCUUUAGCAGAGCGCGCAGAGGGUCCAGGCAAAUAUCUGUAUCUCGAUUUCAUACCUGUCACUUUCAUCUUACCCGCGGAUUACAAUAUGUUUGUGGAAGAAUAUCGCAAGUCCCCGCAGAGCACCUGGAUCAUGAAGCCGUGCGGUAAAUCGCAGGGCGCCGGAAUAUUUCUCAUCAAUAAGCUGAGCAAGCUGAAGAAGUGGUCACGCGAAGCAAAAACACCAUUCAAUCCGAACCUGACAAAAGAAUCGUAUGUCAUAUCCAGAUAUAUCGACAAUCCGCUGUUAAUCGGCAGCAAGAAAUUCGAUCUCCGACUAUACGUUCUCAUCACGUCAUUUCGACCGCUCAAAGCGUAUCUCUUCAAAUUAGGAUUCUGCCGUUUCUGCACCGUCAAAUAUGACACCAGCGUUCAAGAGCUCGAUAACAUGUACGUGCAUCUGACGAAUGUAUCCGUACAAAAGCAUGGCGAUGAGUAUAACAGCAAGCACGGCGGUAAGUUGAGUGUGCAGAAUCUACGUCUGUACUUGGAAAGCACGCGUGGGAAAGCAAUUACAGAGAAGCUCUUCGCUAACAUCUCUUGGUGUAUCGUGCACUCGCUGAAAGCGGUGGCACCGGUGAUGGCAAAUGACCGGCACUGUUUCGAGUGUUAUGGGUACGACAUCAUCAUCGACAAUAAGUUAAAACCAUGGUUGAUCGAGGUGAACGCUUCGCCGUCUCUCACAUCUACGACAGUGAACGACAGGAUCUUAAAGUAUAAAUUAAUCGACAAUAUUAUGUCAGUGGUUCUGCCUCCGGAUGGUAUGCCCGACGUGAAAUGGAACAAAUCACCUUCCCUAGAAGCUUUGACCAACUUCGAGUUACUGCUGGACGAGGAGUUGGCGGUUCAGGACGAACGGGAGGGUUUAUCGAGCAAAUAUCGCAGUUCUCUCAAUAAGUGGAAAUAGAUCUUACCCUUGUAUCAUUAUUCGCUCCAAUUACUUCCUAAAAUUCCAUCUCGAUCAUUUCAAAGCAACGGUAUUUGGUAGAUAAUUGGCGCGUCCGUUUUAAAGUUAUCGCUAUUAAGGAUAUUCGCUCUGCAUAUACAUAUAUCAAUCAAUCGCAUCGAAGGCGUGAAGAAGAAAAGCCUUCGAAGAAAUUUACGUUAACAAACAAGUUUAUUUACUUUAUAAGUAUGCAUAAUAGACUUACGCAAGAAGACGCACGCGCGCGUCCAACUGCGAGGAUGUAAAAAUAAUAUAGGCAGUAAUAUUUUUCAGUCUUUCGCGCGUGUAAAAUGAGAAUAAUAGUAAUUUAUUAGUACGUUCUUUUUUUCUUUUCUAACUUUUCUUUCAAAAGGCCGUUUCGAAAUCGCAAUGCGAGGUAGAAGUCCUUGCGUAUUUUGUACAGGCUAUUGAUACGGUCACGUAUAUCGUAUAGGACUAUCGUACAAUUUAUGGCACAAUUUCCCGAAAUACGGCGAUUACGCUUAUAGCGCCAAGAUGAACGAACGGCGAACGUGAGAUUCGGAAGUUGAAGCUCGGAAGAUCGGUAUUUUCAUU